AUUUCCUAAAAAGAUGUUACGCGAAUAGAAAGAUCUUUCACAUUCAAAGCCCUACAAACGUUCUUCAGAUCCCCUUUUCGUCUGCCGGCCGGUCGGCGAUUAUCCAAGUAAAGAGAAGAUGUCAGGUGCUGCUCUUGACAUGACUCUUGAUGAUCUAAUCAAGAGCAAUAAGAAAUCUGCUCCUCGGGGUAGAGGCCGCGGCUCUGGUCCCGGCCCCGCUCGCCGCUUCCCCAAUCGCUCUGCUAAUCGCGCUGCCCCCUAUGCUGUGGCUAAGGCCCCGGAAUCAGUUUGGGGUCAUGACAUGUUCGCUGGUGGCGGUCGAGCUUCUAAUAUUGAGACUGGGACGAAGUUAUACCUAUCGAAUUUGGAUUAUGGGGUCUCUAACGAGGAUAUUAAGGAACUCUUCUCGGAGGUUGGUGACCUGAAACGUUAUACAAUACACUAUGAUAGGAGUGGGAGAUCAAAGGGUACUGCUGAAGUAGUCUUCUCAAGACGUCAAGAUGCAUUAGCAGCUGUCAAGAGGUACAACAAUGUCCAGCUAGACGGGAAACCCAUGAAAAUAGAGCUAGUUGGAACAAACCUUAACAUUCCUGCUUCUGGUCUUCCACCCGCUGGUGCUUUUGGUGGUUCGAAUGUGGCUCCACCAAGUGCACAAGGAAGGGGUGGUGGUUUUGGUAGGUCACGUGGCACCGGACGAGGUCGUGGAUUUGGAAGAAGCCGCGGACGAGGAAGAGGCCGUGAUGAGAAAAUAUCAGCGGAUGAUCUAGAUGCUGAUUUAGAGAAAUAUCACACCGAUGCGAUGCAGAUGAGUUGAUUGGGAUCUACCUAAGUCACCAUUUUGCACCUGCAGUAGUUUGGCGAUGCAAAAUGUUCCUAGUAGUCUACUUUUGCAAACAUUCAGCUCAUUAGAAGAAAAUGGAGAGGUCUAGGAUGGAGGGGUGGGGUCGUUAGAAACUUGGUUCGAAGAAUUUGGUGUAUUUUGUUUUUUGUACCUUUAAUUUGGAUAUCUUACAUGAGUUGAUGGACAAAUGUGUGUAUUCUACGAUUUAACUUUUUUGUUUUAUUGGACCGAACUUUUAGUCAGCUGAGAACAAGUAGUUUCUAUGUGGGAUUAUGCAUAUAUUGAA